CAAAGAAAUAGAAGGGCUGCUUGUUUGUUCUUAUGACCUUUCUCUCUCAAGGCUUUCUUCUCUCUUUCUUUAUGUCUGCCGCAUUGUCUUGUUUUACUUCAAGAAUCUCCCUUCUUCUCAGCUCACUUCCACGCAUUAAAGUGCUGUCUCCCUUUCUCUUUCUAUCUCUUUUUCUGUAGUCGUUGGACCUUCAUAUUUUCUGGGUUUUUCGCUUCUUUCAUUGCUUUCAUAUCCAUAGCAGCACUGGAAAGAAGAAACUAAGCCAUCCCCUUUUCUUGUUUACUUCUCUUUGGUUCAACUUUAACCAUCUUUUUAGCAAGCAAGAUAAAGACAUUUGUUCGCUUAUUUUGAGCUUGUUUUACUCUGGUAAAAAGCCCAAAAAUUGGGAAAGGACCGAAGGAGUGUGCUGCCUAUGGGGUUCCAGUAAAACUUUUCUUUUUGGUGAUUACAAGCAAGGCUAGGAGUUUGGGGAAUAAUAAGAGUAAAUUAGGAGCUGUAUGAAGUAGAAGUCUAACAAUGAGAGAUGGGAAUCCCAAGAAAAGCAAGCUCUCAUGGUCCAAAAAAAUGGUCAGAAAAUGGUUCAAUAUCAAGAGCAAAACUGAGGACUUUCAGGCAGAUGAUCAUGUCUAUGGAGGAGGUGAAGUGGAAUACAGGACUAGCUUCUCAGAAAGGGAGCCAUGCACUAUCAAAAAGAGUAAAACAGAAAAAUUUAGUAAGAAUACAGAGCAAAGCCGGCGAGGGAGAAUGAAUCUUGAUCACCCUCGAAUCAUAGAUGUCCAAAACUAUAGCAUUUUUGUAGCUACAUGGAAUGUGGCUGGAAGAUCCCCACCCAUUAAUUUGAAUCUAGAUGAUUGGCUUCAUGCCUCACCUCCUGCAGAUAUAUAUGUCCUUGGGUUUCAAGAGAUAGUACCUUUGAAUGCUGGGAAUAUUUUGGGGGCAGAAGACAAUGGUCCUGCCAAAAAAUGGCUGUCUCUCAUUAGAAAGACUCUAAGUAAUCUUCCUGGAACAAGUGGAGGAGGGGGGUGCUAUACGCCAUCUCCUGUUCCUCAGCCCAUUGUUGAGAUAAAUGCUGAUUUUGAGGGGUCAUCAAGGCAGAAAAAUUCAUCUUUCUUUCAUCGCCGAUCAUUUCAGACAACCAGCAGCUGGAGAAUGGACAAUGACCCCUCGAUUUUGCAACCCCGACUUGACAGGCGAUUCAGUGUUUGUGAUCGGGUAAUAUUUGGUCAUAGACAAAGUGACUAUGACUCCAGUUAUAGAUGGGGUAAUAGGCCUAGUGAUUACUCCCGACCUAGUGAUUACUCCAGGCCUAGUGAUUACUCCAGAUGGGGUUCUUCAGAUGAUGAUAAUGGGAUUGCGGAUUCACCAAGUACUGUAUUGCACUCUCCAAUGUCCUAUGGUGGAUCUGCAUCCAAUGAACAGGGAUAUAGGAUGCCUGGGUAUUCAAGGUACUGCUUAGUGGCUAGUAAGCAAAUGGUCGGCAUAUUUCUCACCAUUUGGGUGAGAAAUGAGUUGAGAGAUCAUGUUAAAAACCUGAAAGUAUCUUGUGUUGGCAGAGGAUUGAUGGGCUAUCUCGGAAAUAAGGGUUCUAUAUCUGUUAGUAUGUUGGUGCAUCAAACAAGCUUUUGCUUCAUCUGUACACAUUUAACUUCGGGACAAAAGGAGGGUGACGAGCUAAGAAGGAACUCUGAUGUCGUGGAGAUUCUUAAGAAAACGAGGUUUCCACGGGUUCAUAAUGCAGCUGAUGAGAAGUCCCCUGAAACAAUCCUUGAGCAUGAUCGAAUAAUUUGGCUUGGGGAUUUGAAUUAUCGUAUUGCCCUCUCUUACCGGUCUGCCAAGGCACUUGUUGAGAUGCAGAACUGGAGGGCAUUGCUAGAAAAUGACCAGUUAAGGAUAGAGCAAAAAAGAGGGCGUGUUUUUGUGGGAUGGAAUGAAGGAAAGAUUUACUUCCCGCCAACAUACAAGUAUUCAACUAAUUCAGACAGAUAUGCAGGUGAUGAUAUGCACCCAAAGGAGAAACGCCGAACUCCUGCUUGGUGUGACCGGAUUUUGUGGUAUGGAGAAGGCCUCCAGCAAGUAUCUUAUGUCCGAGGGGAAUCUAGGUUCUCAGAUCACAGACCAGUUUAUGGUAUAUUUUGGGCUGAGGUCGAGUCAAGCCAUGGGCGAUUGAAGAAAAGCAUGAGUUACUCUAGUUCAAGGAUUGAGGUAGAGGAGCUUUUGCCAUAUGCGCACGGAUACACUGAGCUAAACUUUUUUUGAAGGAUGAGGAAAUGGUUAUGAUCCACAUUCAAAGAGUGUAAAUAUCUUUUUGGAGAAACUCCAAAAUGCUUCUGCAUAUCAGCAAUAAUUUGCAUUCAGAAUCAAUCAGGUAGGAAUCACUUUGAGGACAUUCGUUCUUAAGGGUGAUGGAGACAUUCCAUUUCCUCCUAACCAAAAAAGGUGUAAAUUUUGUAAUUGAUUGGUUAACUAACUUCACGCAUUGCAAAUUCCAACUAAUCUAAACCGAUGUGAGCUUACAGCAUACCAGUCUCUGUGCAAUGCAUAAUUAAGUUUAGUGACAAACAAGCAGCCACUUCUACGGUAUCUCAAAGCUCCUGAUGCAUAUGGAUAAUUCUCAACAAUGAUUAGGAUGAACUUGCGCUAUCAAGAACUGCCAAAGUGGGUAGCUUAAGAUUUUUUUAUUCAUGAUGAUUCUUUUGUUAGUUUAGGGAAUUUUUUUAUGAGCUAAAGAAAGAUGAAGUAUGGUCAAUAUAAUCAUUAGGGUACUUUUUGUUUUAAAUGCAAAGAGAAGUAAAGGGUUU